UAGAUUUUAUGUUCAGUGCUCUGAAACCAAAGAUCCCCAAAUGCCCAUUUCCUCGAGCAUCUUCAAAAUCCAAAUUUAGCCCCGUUUCCACUCCUCUGAUCAUCGGUAAACCCAUAUGCUCAAAAUCUUGAUCUUUGGAUCAAAACUCACCCCAGAAAGAGUUGCAAUUGUUUCAAAUAUCUUGAAACACUGCUGUUAUGGGAGCUGAAAAGAAAUGGUUUUUCACUCUCUUCUCCACAACAUUUCUCUCCCUUCUUCUCCUCUUACUUUACUCAAUAUCAGCUUUCAGUUCCCCAAGACCUUUCUUUUCACUCGUCCAACACGGACCUCAUUAUCCACCGGCAUUUGGGUACUACAUAUUUGGUGGAAAAGGUGAUAAAGAUCGGAUCUUUAGGCUACUUCUUGCUGUCUAUCAUCCUAGGAAUCGGUACUUGUUGCAACUUGGAGCUGAUGCUUCUGAUGAGGAAAGGUAUAGCUUGGCCCUGGCUUUGAAAUCUGUACCUGCUAUUAGGAGCUUUGGGAAUGUGGAUGUCAUUGGGAAGCCUGAUCAGUCUUCUUAUAUGGGUUCCACGCAUAUUGCUGCCACGUUGCACUCUGCUUCUGUUUUGAUGAAGGUCGACAAUGGCUGGGAUUGGUUUAUUGCUUUGAGUGCUUUGGAUUAUCCCUUGGUUACUCAAGACGAUCUGUCACACGUAUUCUCCUCGGUUAGGCGGGACCUCAAUUUCCUUGAUCAUACUAGUGAGCUUGGGUGGAAAGAAGGUCAAAGGAUCCAGCCUGUCGUAGUUGAUCCAGCGAUAUACCUAUCUAGAAGGACCCAGAUUUUUCAUGCUACCGAGAAACGACAAACGCCAGAUGCCUUUAAAAUAUUCACAGGCAAAGUCUACUAUCAAUAUCAUUUCUGUUCUCCAUGGGUCGUCUUAAGCAGAUCCUUUCUGGAAUUUUGCAUUCUCGGUUGGGACAAUCUGCCUCGGACACUUCUGAUGUAUUUCAACAACGUUAUGUUAUCCGAAGAAAGCUAUUUCCACUCCGUCAUAUGCAAUUCCCCGGAGUUCAAGAACACCACUGUUAACAGUGAUUUAAGAUAUAUGAUCUGGGACAAUCCUCCAAAGAUGGAACCCCACUUCCUCAAUAUUUCGGAUUAUGAUCAAAUGGCUCAAAGUGGAGCGGCAUUCGCGAGACAGUUUAAAAAAGACGAACCUCUGUUGGGCAUGGUUGACGAAAAAAUCCUCAAGCGUAAUGGGCGGAACCGAGUUUCCCCAGGGGCAUGGUGCACCGGCCGGAAUAGCUGGUGGUCGGAUCCUUGCUCACAAUGGGGAGAUGUAAAUGUCCUAAAGCCCGGACCUCAGGCGAAGAAGUUAGAAGAAACCAUGACGAACCUCCUGGACGACUGGAGUUCACAGUCUAAUCAAUGCACAUGAGGGAAGGAGCAUGAAACUGAACUGAAAGGUGAAUAUUUUGGAGACACGGUGCCGUUCUCAUUGCUUCUGAAUUUCAUCGAAAGUUUGAAAAAUUACCAUCAAACGAGAUUCAUCGUCGGGAUGUCUGUAAGGCUAUUUUCCAGAGGGGGGGUGGGUUCCUUGAUUCACACAGGCUACGAUUGUGAAGCGAGUUGAGUUUGGGAGGUUAAGGGGAUAGUAUUUAAUGGUGAAAACCAUACCAGAAGGUUCUUCAAAUGAGGAAAGAUGAACUCCCUUGUGAGCUGCCAUUUGCAUGCUGUUGUAUGUUCUAUACACAUUUUACCUGUGACGUUGAUGUUAGAAGACAACUUCAUUCAUUAAAAAUUCCCGUACGACCUCAUUACUGCA